CGGAGAGGUUCUGUGAUGUCAUCCGCAGGCGCUCGAUGGGGGCGUUGCGUUGUGUUCCGCAAGGAGGAGGGCGAUGCUCCGCCGUGGAUGAUGGCUCCCGCCUCCGUUGCGCCCUCUUCCUCUUCUGCCCCUGCCGCCGCGCAGGCUCCGGAGAUCCAGUUCGCCCAGCGGCUGGCCGCCAACGACAAGCGGAUCCGGGACCGGGCACUGAAGAAGCUGCGGGGCUACAUCACGCUCCGGACCCAGAAUCCGGCGGGGAGCUUCAGUGAAGAAGAAUUAUUAAAAAUAUGGAAAGGACUGUUUUACUGCAUGUGGAUGCAGGAUAAACCCCUACUUCAGGAGGCUUUAUCAAGCAAUAUAUCCCAGCUGGUACAUGUCAUUGAGAAUAUGGAUGCUAGACAUUUAUUCAUUCAGACUUUCUGGCAAACUAUGAAUCGUGAAUGGACUGGAAUAGACAGGCUCCGCCUAGAUAAAUUUUAUACGUUGAUGCGCAUGAUGUUGAAUCAGUCCUUUGAAGUACUGAAAAGAAAUGGAUGGAACGAAAGUUUUACUGAGCCAUUUCUAAACAUGCUGAUGAAAGUGGUUAUGCACCCAGAUAGCAAUACUCCUGUUGGGGUCAAGUUGCAUUUUAUUGAUAUCUACUUGGAAGAACUGGCUAAAGUUGGAGCUAAAGAGCUCACUGCAGACCAGAAUCUCAAGUUAAUUGAACCAUUAAGCAAAAUUGUGGCCAAGACCAAGGAUCACCUUGAAUUGCAAGCCAUCAUCCAUGGCAUUUUUGAAACCAUUCUGGAUCAGUCUCCAUUUGCCAUAGAAGAUAUAAUGAAAGAAAUAGGAGCAGAUAGUGAUGAUGACCUAUCAGAAGAAGAUGAAUGCAGUGAUGAAGAUAAUGCAUUAUCAGGCAAAGAGAGAAGCUUGCAAAAAGCACACUCCCUAAGAACCGAGAGACAAGAUAAAUCUUCAGAAGCUACAGAUGAUAACAUUGGGCCCGUUCUCCAGUUUGAUUAUAAAACUAUUGCUGACAUGCUGUUUGAGUUGGCUAGCAGAAAAAAUACACCUCCUUUUAAUAGAAAAUGCCUCUAUAAAGUGAUUAAAAAGUUUCAGGACCUCGCAGAAGGGAACUUUCCACAAGAUGACUUUCCUGAAGAUGUCUCUACGGAUGAAGAUGACGACACCUUCAGCAGGAAGAACUGGAAAAGGAAAUCUGGAAAACCUUUGGAUCCAUCUAAGAUGGGAGGAAAAGAAAAUACCCAAAACAGAAAAAACAGUAUUGAAGAAGAGGAUGACAGCACAGAACCACAGAAGAAGAGAAAGAAGAGAAAAAGGAAGGCCAGUCAGAUGGCUGAUUCUUGCAAAACUGCUGGAAGCAAUGAAAGUGGACCAAACAAUCUAGAAGAGCCAAAGCAGGACAAUGGGCUGCCAAAUAGCAAGAAAAAACGAAAUAAGUUUUCAAGGUUGGAAGCCGGUGAAACUGGCUCCUCAGCAGCUCCCAUUGGAGAAUUGACUGACAAUUCUACACCGACAUGUUUGGUAAAUAAUGUAAAGAAAGAAUCAAAGAAGAAAAAUGGCAGUCCACAGAAAGUUUGUAUAGAAACGGUCCAUCAGAAUGGACAGGCUAUUAGUACUGAAGAGACUUCUGGCAAUUGCACCACAGUAGUUAAUGACAGUAAAAUGAUUAAGAAGAAAUGGAAAUCACAGCCCAGAAUUACUCCUGGAAACGGUUAUUCUGAAGUACAUGUUAAGCGGCCAGAGAAUGAUAUCCUUACAGAGUCAGAACCUACAAUGCUCCAAAAAGUGAAGUUGAAGAAGAAUCAAAAGUUGGGGGAUUUGGUAAAGAUUCGAAGUUUUAAGCCAAAAAUAAUAGGUUUGAAAAAGCAAAGGAAAGUCAGAGGUGUCCUGAAUUCCACCCAAGAAAAUGAGGUUGAAGGUGAAAACAAAAAGGGGAAGAACAAAAAGGAUGGUGGCCCUGCUGUUCUUCAGAAGAAAAAGAACUCAAAAGCAGAAAAUGAGUUUGUGAAGUUUGAAAAGACAGCUCUACCAAAGCCUGCCUUCUUUAGAAAAGCCAAAGGAAACCUUACGUCUGUAAAGUUAAACAAGCUACAGUUUUCUGGCUCCAAAAAGGUUACCUUUGGAUUAAAUAAGAACAUGACGGCUGAAUUUAAGAAAACAGACAAAAGUAUCCUGGUCAGUCCGGAAGGGCCCUCUCGGGUGGCAUUCAACCCUAAGCAAAAGCCUCCUCAUGGGGUGCUGAAAUCGCCUGCCGAAUCUCCUCAAAUGAAGAAGCCCCUUUGGGGGACAAAAAAGAAAAGGCCAACUGCUGUGGAUUUCUUCUAAGUCAACAAGGAAAAGAAUAGGUUCUUGUAGGGAACAACUGACCAACCAGUUAUUUCUGGAAUCUUAUUUUUGAAGUUAACAUGUUAGUUUCUUGAAAGGUUCUGAUGGUAUGACCCAUGUGGCUAUUCAUUUAAUAGGUACCUCUUUGAUUAUGGAUUUAAACCGUUUUGUGUAAGUUCUUAACAGAAAAGAUAAUAUAAAUGGGAUGUGUUUUAGGAUUCUUAUGAUGGAGAUACCUUUUUUUAAAAAAAACCUGUAAUAUGUUAUACGAACAUGUAAAGUUUUAUUCUGAACUUUGGUUGUUUGUUCUCAUUUAAUCAGUUGAUAUUGUCUGAUGGUGAGUUUUCAAUUUCUGUGGCCUUAAUUCCAUGGAGCUAAGAAGCACACAACUCCUUCCACCUAAUUUGCUUCAUCGGUUCAUUUCUUUUCCCUCUCUGGCCAUUUUUUCUUUUUACCAAGGCUUCAGGUUAGAAAGAAAUACAAUACGUGUGAGGCAGUUCUUCAGUACAACGGUAAUGCUUGAACCUCCAGUUGCUCAUGUACAUUUCAUUAUUGACUUUAUCACAAGUCCUUCAGUUGAACGUGUAAUAAUAUAUUCUCCAGCUGCGUAUGGUACAAGUGUUCUUAUAGAAUGUUUUGUAAUACUUUUCCUACCCAAGCACCUUGAGGCUGAGGUCAGGUUGUUUUAUCACAAUUCUUCUCCCAUUAAAAUGAAUUAAAUGAGAGUUAUAUAUUUUUAAACAAAACCGUUUCUGAAAGCCUUAAUGCCUUUUGACACAGGGUAAAGAUGCUUUUGAAAAUAAGGUCAUAACUAUAAUCUGCAGUGUAAGCUUUAAUUAUAGUCACUGCAGAAUAUGCUGAUAUAACCGCCUGUCUCUAUUUUCCUUUUGAUUUCAGUAUACCCUUUUGGGGGCAGGCUUUCGACACAAUUAAUUUACUUGUGGUAUUACAAUUUGUUCCUGAUUUCAUGAAUGCAGCAUAGCAUGAAUACACAGUUGAGAAAACUUUGCAAAUACAAAAGUUAUCACUGUUUUUACCUGGGCCAUGGAUCUUAAUAGCAGAUAUGCUUUAUUUCUCUCCUUUUGUACUGUAAAGAAUUGAAUGGUUCUACUGGCCAUUCACAUUGUUUAGUAUUUCUUCACUUGCAAAUGAACUAUAUUGUGGAAAUUCUGUUUUCCAAUGUCUGACGUGUUGAUGUGUCCAUCCCAAGUGUUUGUUUUCGGUCUGAGAGCGCCUUUUUUCUGUUUGUGAAUCAGGAAUUAAAUAUUGCAUUUUGGGAACUGAUACCAGAUAUUGUAUUGGAUGUUGUGUAACUCUUUCUAUUAAUAUACUAUUAAAGGAAGCAACAUAUUUUGGAGGAAAUAUUAAACGGAUUGUAACAUAUAAAAACACAAAAUCGAAUGUGUUGCUCCAGGGAGAUGAUUGUGAAAAAGGCCGGGAACGAGGUUAUGUAGCUAAUUUGCUACAUUUGGACAAUAGUGCGGGUAAUAGCUGCCAUACGCCCAUCAUUACUCAGGUGUUUCAAUAUUUUCCAUCUAAAACAAGGGUGGGAAAUGGCCUUCUAAAUGUAGUUCAACUGUAGUUUGCAUGGCCCGUCUUCAUUGGUUGUACUACAUAGGAAUGACUGGAGUUGCAGUCCAGCAACAUCUGGAGGGUUUUCCCCAUUCCUAAACUAGAAAUAGGGAAUUGGAGAAUCUAAAGAUGUUAGAGAUCAGGGUGAUUUUUUAAUGUAAAAUCCUACUAUUACUAUUGAGCCUUAGGGCUUAUUCUCAAGUGCUUUGCAAGCCAAAUGUUUGGGAGCAUCCAGCAACCACAAGCUGUUUCAUAGAGGUUUCUUUCCUUGGUUUAGUCCACCUUUCAGUUUACUAGUUUCUGCAGAAUAACAAUCCCAAGUACUGUGGAUAAUUAAAGGACACAUAAGAACCAUGGCCCUGUCUACAGUACCCAAGAAUGCAGUUUGAAACGUAUAUGGUCAGUGUAAAUUCAUACAAUUCACUUAAAUUGCAUUAUAGAGUAGUGUAGACGGGGCCCCAUUUUUAUGGCACGUACUAAAUGAGCCUGGAGAAUGGGAUCCACAGGACACUCUCAGGCAUGCAACUGGCCAUGACAAAAGCAGUGGCAGCUUAGGCCCCUUCUACACUGCCAUAUAAAAUCCAGAGUAUUUGCUUUGAACUGGGUUAUAUGGCAGUGUAGACUCAGAUAAUCCAGUUCAAAGCAGAUAAUGUGGUUUAUCUGCUUUGAUAAUCUGGAUUAUAUGGCAGUGUAGAAGGGGCCAUAGAAGAGACCUCACUGGGAUUUCUGCAAUGAAGAAUAACAGUAUUCGAAAUACACAAGAGACUUCCAGUGGGAGAAGGGAAAGAUUUCUAAAGCAUAUGUGUUUUGUAUAUAUUUAUUUUGUUCGUUCAAGAUUUCACCAAGGAUUUGACUCAAACCAGCAAUCGCAUAUGUAGAGUAUUCAUUUAGCAAAACAUACCCAAACGAUUUCUUUAAAAUUUUCAGCUUUCACACUACGGCAGCUUAUUUCUAAACAGAUAUGUUCUAAAGAUGUCAACUCCAGUAGGCGGUAUGAGGAUUUGUACUAAGAAGCAAAGUUUUGUAAAAACAAAAAUCUUAUUUUUAAACAAGUAUUUCUCCAUUUUGUAAUAAUUGUACAGUUUAAUGAAAAUGAGAACCUGUUUAAAAUAUUGAAUUUUGAAAAUGUUUUGUCAAACUUUGAGUUGAAAGACAUUUUCUUUUAUAAUUGUUUUAGUACCUUUUGUUGAAGGAAUGACAUAUUGUUUUCCAUUACUCGGCAUAUACCAACUUCUUGAUCCAUGAAAAUAGGCUACUUUAAACAUGUUCAAUAAAGCAUUCUGUUCCUAUGA